AUGUCUGACCCAAAAGGUUCAUUUGGAAACAAUAAUUUAGCAACUAUUAAAGAGAAUGAAUCUAAAUUAGCAAUUAAUCAUUUAAACCGUGUAACAAGACCACUCUUUGUAAAGAGUGUUUCCAGCUCAACCACGGGGAGGUUAGUAUAUUUGAGCCGACAGCUAACUAUUAUACCGCCACGCACAGUAUAA